AUGACAAAGGAGGGCAGCCAUCUCCGUCCGGAGAACGCCAGCAAGAUAGAGUCCAACAUCGAUGUCUCGUCCGGCAAAGAUGGGGAUAACACUGGGGUCUACAGCCAGACGCGGACGCGGAAGCUGUUCUCCUUCUCCCAGCUCUUUGCCUUCUCCCUGACCUACAUGUCCCUCUGGGAAGGCAUGUGCACGAAUAUGUACUUUGCCCUCUACAAUGGGGGCCCGCAGACCUUCAUCUUUAGCUUCAUCAUUGUCUUCGUUGGCGCAAUGGCACAGGCUGCCUCGCUGGGCGAGAUGGCUUCCAUUCAACCGGUUGCUGGUGCUCAAUACCACUGGACCUACCAUAUGGCCCCGGUGCGGCUCAGACGCUUUGCUACAUAUGUCCAGGGCUGGUCGACUUGGUUCGGGUACAUUUCGCUGCUAGCGGGCAUUGCCAACGUCACGGUCAUCCUGCUCGAGUCCAUGAUCCAGCUCAACAAUGACAGCUAUGUCCCUGGCGGCUGGCACACAUCUGUCAUAGUCAUCGCCAUGUGCGUCCUGCAGGGCCUGAUGAACAUGUACACCUUCUGGCUGAUCCCCUGGGUUGAGCUCAUCGCUGGCAUCCUGCAUGUGUGCCUGUUUGUCAUUUUUGUGGUCGUCCUCUGUGUCCUUGGAACCCGGCACGACUCCAGCUUUUGGUUGGAACGCGAUAUUGCCUCAGGCUGGAAGAACACCUUUAUUGCCUGGAACUUGGGCAUGCUCACCUGUGUUUGGAGCUUCACCGGCUUCGACAGUGCCAUCCACAUGAGCGAGGAGACCCGUAAGGCCAAGUCCGCGGUGCCUCGUGCCAUGUUCUGGUCCAUCUUCAUGAAUGGCUGCCUCGGCUUCGUCAUGGUUAACAUCAUCCUCCUCACCAUGGGCUCUGUCGACGACGCGAUCAACUCGUCCAGCCCGAUUCUAGCCAUCCUGCUCAGCGUUACCGGCUCCAAGGCUGGAACGACGGCCAUGAUCACCGGCCUUUUCAUCAUUUCCUUCAGCGUCAACUUAGCCAACAUCGCUUCCGUCUCGCGUCUUACCUGGGCCUGGGCCCGAGACGGCGGCAUGCCUUCGUACUUUGCUCACGUCAACAAGCAGCGCCACGUCCCCACCCGUUCCAUCAUCAUGACCGUUUUUCUCGCUUGUGCGCUGUGCCUGCUCAAUAUUGGCAGCGGCAGCUAUAUCGCUUUUGGUGGAAUCACCGCUCUGUCAUCCUUGGCUCUGUACCUGAGCUAUGCCAUUGCUAUUGGCAGCAUUCUCUACGCUCGCUGCACUACCAAUACUCUAACCCUCGGCGAGUGGAACCUCGGACGCUACGGUGUCUACGUCAACGCAUUCGCGCUCGUCUAUACCCUCUAUAUCAUCAUCUUCCUACCUUUCCCCGAGGCCAUCCCCGUGACUGCGGCCAACAUGAACUAUGGUGGGCCGGUCAUGGUUUUUGUCCUCGCCGUCACUGUGGCUCUCUGGUUCGGCUGGGCUCGGAAGAACUGGAAGGGCCCGAACCUCACCAUUCUCGACUUCAUCCUUUCUAACUCUUAA